GCCUGAUGUUCAAAGAAGAGCCUUCCAUCAUGGGACUAUUUGACCAAAUUAAUAGCACAGGCACUAUUCAAGAAGUCAUAACAGAUGGCAUCUUGUCCAGAGGAUGGCAUAACAUAGGCAUAAGCAGCUCAGGGCAGGACUUGCAUCCUUCAGGAUUUAGUAACACAGACAGCACUAAACUUUUAGGAGUGCAGAUCAGCCUCAUUGCAGCCUAUUCCAUGAUUAUUGUUCUUGGAUUCAUUGGAAACUCUCUCGUAAUCUACAUGAUACUGAAGUACAAGAACAUGAGAACAGUCACCAACUUUUUCAUUGCUAAUCUCGCACUGGCUGAUCUGAUGGUAAACACACUUUGCAUGCCUUUCACCUUGGUGUACACUUUGCUGGAUGAGUGGAAGUUCGGAGCUGUCCUUUGCCAUUUAGUGCCAUAUGCCCAGGCUCUCAGUGUUCAUGUUUCCAUCCUAACUCUUACUGUUAUAGCUCUUGACAGAUAUAGGUGCAUUGUAUUUCACAUGGACAGUAGGAUCUCAAAGAAACUGAGUUUCAUAAUUAUUACACUUACAUGGAUAACUGCAGCCAUAUUUGCUGGGCCACUGGCCAUAUUCCGGGAGUACCGUUAUGAAGAAAUACCAUCUAUCAAUCUCAAAAUAGCUGUCUGUUCUGAAAAAUGGCCUUCUGGAAAUAACAGGGAUGGUACAAUCUAUAGUCUUUCAGUCCUUGUCUUACAAUACAUUCUGCCACUCAGCAUAAUCAGUUAUGCUUAUUCCAAGAUAUGGUUUAAACUGAAAAAUCAUAUCAGCCCAUGUACAAGAAGUGAAAGUCAUUACAGGAGGAGGAAAACUACCAAGAUGCUGGUGAUGGUCGUGGUAGUUUUUGCUGUUAGUUGGUUGCCAUUCCAUGUGUUCCAGAUCGCCACUGACCUGGACUUAGUGUUCAGUUUUAAAGAUUAUAAACUUUUCUACAGCAUCUUUCACGUCAUUGCUAUGUGCUCAACUUUUGCUAAUCCACUCCUCUAUGGAUGGAUGAAUAAAAAUUACAGGAAUGGGUUCAUCAUGUUUUUUCGUUGUGAGCAUAAGCCUGAUAGUAUCAAUCCAGAAUGUUCCACGAGAGUGAGGUCACACACAUUUAGAACUGUUACACUCAAUGGUAGCUUGAAAUACCCUGAGUCAACUGGCCACCCGCCAACUGAUGUUUAGGUACAGAAUAUUACUUUUUGAUUGUCUAUUAAACUGUAGCGGUGUACUAUUAAUAUGCCAUUAAAUUAUUACGGAGUUACUCACAGUGUUUUAACCAAGGCCGAUUGCUUUCACUAAUGGUGCAGGUAAUUUAUUGCUAGCAGACAAUAAGAUGGGCACAGAUACCAGUACACUGACCAUCUUACUCAACUUUCUUAUGUUCCUGGGCUUCUCCUCUAAACAAGUGUUUCAUGUGUGUGCCUUUUUUAUUAUAAUGAACAUUCUGCAUAGAACUGAAGUGUAAGGAAGAGAAAAAGAGAGAGAAUGCUUGUGUGUGUGUGUGUGUGUG